AUGCCAAGCCCACCGUUUCCACGCUUUCUGCUUGUUUUUUUUACGAAAUUUCAGUUAUUAAUCGUCAAGCCUCACAAGAUGGUAGGAGAGGAAGUUUGCAUCAUAGGUCGAAAUGGCGCAGAUACAGAACUAAAGGACUGCAAGAACAGUCUAAUUGCUGAGAACAACCUAAAAUAUGAAGAAAUUGGUGAAGUAAAGCCGUCAACAAGCAGUGCCGACGAAUCUCCGAAUCCUAGUAUGACAACACGGCGAACUUCCGCGAGACAUAGACAAAGGUCAGAUACAAGCGCUGAUGCUAUACGCGAGUUACGGCACAGCAUGUACAAAUGUGUGGAACAGGGUUGUAACUAUAGAGGACCCAAUGCCAGAGCACUGAGUAAGCACUGCAAGCGUAUGCAACAUAGUCGCGCACAGGAACGACGAUACAGUGAGGAGUGCCCUGUAUGCGGCUUGAUGGUGUACGACCAAAAAUGCCUGAUUGCGCAUGCAGUGGAAGUGCAUCAGUUCAAGGGCCAAAUUGAAGAAAUGAAUUUUGGCAGCUCGGAAGCGUUUGAUGUUUGGAGAAAAGACACGGAAGAAAAUACUUGCACUUUCUAUAGUAGGAGAGGAACUACAAGAAUUCAGAAGAAAGUUGGAUAUUUCUACUACAAAUGUCACCUGACUAGCGAUAAAAGGACAAGAUCUAAAGGAUUACGUAGCCCACGCAGUAAAGCUGCCAACAAAUCUUGCACUGCGUUUUUAAACGUGAGAAAGGAUCUCCAAAAGAAAACCAUUCAAGUCGAGUAUUGCACAUCUCAUUUGGGCCAUCAACCACAGGCUAAGUCGGUGCCAGUCAACUCUGCAGUUAUCAGUGAAAAUGGGAAUUGGUCGCAGUGCACAUUUUUUAUUCCUCGUCCUACAUUCUCGGUCGAACAUACCGUUAGGAUAUGUAAGGAUCGGGAGAAAAUGAACGAAGGAAGCAAAAACAAAAAGGAAGAGAGCAACGGAAAAUCUGCUAAUUCCAUUGUGAAGGUUAUGCCCGAUGAAAAUAUGACUCCAUCCAUUGUCACGAUGCUGGAUUUCAGUCCAAGAUCAAAUCUUGUCUUUUCCCAUGUGAAGUCGGAGACGCAGACAAUGUUCCCUUCAGAAUGUCGGGAACUUGUGUGUGAGAUAGACAGAAAACUCGAUUCGCUUGCUAGAGCCGCUCACAAGUUGGAAAGGAAUGGGACCGAAGAAACUUGCAUAACACUAGCGCAAGUCUUGAUGAAGGUGGAUGAGGCCCUGCAGUGUUUUCCUGCUCAUGGCUAUGAAGAAAGCAGCGAAAGAAGCUAGUGAUGUGGUAACGAGUACAAGGCAUCCUGCGAGUUCUAAUGGCAACACUUCACUUGAUCUAAGGAACG